AAAAUAACCGAAGGCGGUAAUCGUCAUUUUCAAAUCUGCGCUCUACACCACACAACAUGUUCAACUGCGAUGUCAUCGUCGACGACUCUCCGCUUAUGAUGGUGAACACCACCAAGUUUGGCAACGACAAACACACCUACGCAUCGGUGACCACAGAGAUGGACGCAUUCGCGUACCUCGACUCGGCUUCCGACGACCCCGUUAUCGACGACGACGAACCCCUCUCGUCACCGCCACCUACAUCGCCGUCAUCGUUGACCCGAUCUAACAGUUCGCCCUCCAUGACGUCACACGCAAUCAACUCGAAGCCACAACUCGUCCACAUUCGAGCCCCGUCCAGGGAAACUGUGUGGAGACAAGGACUUCCAGCGGUGAUUCAGUGGAACCCUUUGAUGUCGUCGGUGUCGGAAGUGCGUAUUCUCCUCUUGCAACGAGGCGGGGCGCACAAGAUGGUGGCAGAUCACGUCGAGAACAAUGGGCUAUUUGUCUACAUGCGUGUGCCACAAGGUCUGGCUUCCCCCGACUCGGACUAUUCCCUGCGGAUUAUGUCUAUGGACGGCAAGCACUUUGUCGACAGCGACUCCUUCACCAUCUCGCCGUGAUGAUGAGCGAUAGCAGCCCAUCAGCUUGAUCCCAGUAUAACUUAAACCUAUCCUAUUUACCCAA